CAGGAUCAUCCUGUCCUGCAGCAGCCAUUGCUGCUCACUGUUCUUUAGUGCUAUUUGAUCUUGAACUGGCUACCAACGCUGCGGCCACUUUUAGUAAGUGAGUAGCGAUGGCUGUCAGGACUAGUGAUGCCCCUGACGUCGCGCCAAGGAGUGGAGCAGCUUUCUCAUUCACGAACAGAAGAGCCUGAGGUCAUGGAAAAGCACGUCCCGAUGCAUCCGUUACCAGAAGAGAUUCAGAUGAUGCCUCGUGAUGAGACUGUUUGCAAAUAUUGUGGAGUCAGUUACCUGAUACUCCAUGAAUUUAAGCUUCUCGAAGACAAAGUGAAGGCACUGGAGAAAGAGCUGCAUUUUUACAAGGGAAGUGUAGAGCGAGAGAAACACCUUCAAGAAGAACUUCACUAUCUCCGCCAAGAGUAUGAACAAAGCAAAAAUGACAGCGAGUCCAGAGCAGAAAGAUUAAAGAUCGCAUUAUUACAGCUGAAAGAAAAGGAAGAUGAUGUUCAGGUUCUGACAAUUGAGCUUACAACUUGUCAGGAGGCUUUAAGAAGCGCACAAGACCAAAAGCAGCUGUUGGGGGAGAAAGCUGCCAAGCAAGAGACACUUUUAAGGAAGAGCCUAUCAUUGUUGAGACUUCUCCAGUCAGAACAAAGCACUAUUAAAAAUAAUGUUCAAAUCCUUAUGGGACAGUGGAAUAUUCUCAGAAGAGACCUUGCAAAUCAAAUGAAAGAAAAAUCAGCAGAAAUGAUAAGUCUUCAUGGACGUCUCAAGGAAUCCCAGUUAGAAAGUGUUUCGCUCCAAAAUAAGGUGAAAAAUCUGCAGGCAGUUGCUGAAUCUGUCACAUUAACAUCAAAGCAGCUUGAACGCUCACGAGAGAAGGAAACAGAAUUGAAAAGCAAAUGUCAUGAGUUGGAAAAGCAAAUCUCUGAUUUACAACAACAGUUGGAAACAGUAAGAACGGAUUUCCAUAAUGUAACUAAAGAACUGCAACACCACAAGGAUAUUUCCAUAAGCACAACAAAAGAAGCAAAUGACCUUCAAAAUAAACUUCAGAGAAUAGAAAUGGAUAAAGAUGCCAUAAUAUUGAGGCUGACAAAGGAUCUAAGGGAGAACAGUGAGGCAGUGACAUAUGACAUAACACAGUUACAAAAAGAGAUCACAGAAAUGAGAAGGAUGGAGGAAAAUUACAAAAGGAGAUUUCACCAUUUGGAAACAGAGCUAGAAACAAUGAAGGAAGUGUUAAAGCAAUCAGAGGAAGAAGUGGUUAAUAUGAAACAGGAAAGAGAACUGCAGAUUGUUUCCUAUCAGAACAGAAUUGAAGAGCUACAGGGAGCCCUUAAACAAAGGAUGCAGAAUGAGGACAGCUGGGAGACCAAGAUGCAGAAUGAAUUGGAAAAUCAACAGAGAAAAUAUCUCCUAAAGAUUGAGGAAACUAAGAAGCAACUUCGUGAAGAGGCAAAUGUGGAGCUGGCGAUCGAGAGGCAAAAACAUGAGGAAAUGUUGAAGAAUUUUCAAAACCAGAAUGAUGCACUAGAAUUAAAGAUACCUGCACUUAUAUCCAAAGCUUGCAAUGAACUGCACACAGAGGUCAACAUGCUGGAAAGGAAAUUACAGGAAGCUCAGGCAAGACUUACUGGGAAAGAUCACGCUAAAGAUUAUGAGGUCGCAAACCUAAAAAAAAUAGUCUCUGAGCUGGAAUUUCGAUUACAAAGAGAACAAGACCACAGUAUCUCUGUUUCGGAAGAAAUGAGAAAAGACAUUCACACAAAAGCUGAGAAACUGAAAGAACUGAACUUAAACUGUUCAGAACUGAAGCACCACCUGGACCAAGCCAAGCAAGAGAUUGAAUUCCUGAAGGAAACUGUGCGCAUGGAGUGUGAAGAACGCUAUGAGCUCACCGAGGCCUUGACACAGGCUAAACAACAACUGCUUGAAAUAAAAAGAAGCGGCGGAAGCUUCCCGGUACCACAAAGGCAAUAUACUCCAGACAAGCCAACUUCAUCUCACAUCAUGACUGGUGCACAGAAGAAGCCUCCUCUAACUGUACCAUCUAGUAAUGGAACCAAGCUAUUGGGCUUAUCCGGAACAUAUGGAUCUGCCUGUGCCCCCAACUAUAACAAGCUCAGGAAGAGCAGUGGAGGUAGCUUACCUAUGCUUCAGUCCCCCCAUCCUCCAAAAGAGAAGACAUCUUCACUAUCUGAUACACGGCAUAAAAUAACCGCAAUUCUCAGGAGGAAUUCUACUCAGCCUUAGCACAGACUCCGGUCACAAGGAGAUAUGCCUGAGCAACUUAGAAAAUAGUUUUUCCUGACUACGUAAUUGGCUUUAUAACAGGAAAACAACAGGGUGCAGAAGGUAGAAUGUAAUUAUUGCUUCAUGAUACUAUAGUGUUCAGUUCUGGAACGUUUCACAUUGGGUGAUAUAGUAUUAUUUCAGUGCGGGUCAUGCGUCAUAGUAUAUAUAUUCUUUUGCAUAGAUGUGAUCACUUCGGGCCACGUUUAGGGAGCAUUCACCCCGCUGUAUGAACUGUGUUGGGUUUAUAUAUUAUC